AAAUAUAGAUUAAAAAGUGUAAUUCAUAACAGAAACUGAAAAAAUACACCAAAACAAAGAAACAAACUAAACACAAUUGUUUACUGCGCUCACGCACAACCGACAAAAUAAGCGAUCACAAUCAAUCGUGAACGUUCGUUAUCAUUGUCAAAAAUGAUUUCAAUCUCCAUCCAAUGAACGAUCGUUGUUGUAUUCUCGCGCUCGUUUGUAAUCUGUGUGCGAAAAUUCGUUUGACGAACUUUCGACUGGUAAAAUAUGUAUCGCGUUAAAAUACAAUCGCAAAAUGAGCUCGAGUGAAAAGAUCGUGUUUUUAACAGUCCGCAAUUUUAGCGCACCCUGUGACAAUCUCACAUAAUAUUGUCUAUUAUUGUUUACACCAUUUGAAAUAAUAUGCAUUUUUUUAUUUUUAGGGAAACAUAUGGAAGAUGCCUUAUUCUAGAUGGAAUUAUUCAGUGCACUACACGAGACGAAUUUUCUUAUCAAGAAAUGAUAUCAUUUAUACCACUUUGUUCUCAUCCAAAUCCAGAAAAAGUACUAAUUGUUGGGGGUGGUGAUGGAGGUGUAGCACGUGAAGUUGCAAAACAUCCAAAAGUCAAGGAAAUUCACCAAGUUGAAAUAGACGAUCGUGUCGUGGACUUAUCAAAAAAGUUUCUUCCAGAAAUGGCCAGGGGAUUCGAUAGCCCGAAGUUGAAACUAGUUAUCGGCGAUGGAUUCAAAUACAUGAAAGAUCAUAAAGACGAAUUCGAUGUAAUAAUUACAGAUAGUUCAGAUCCAAUUGGACCAGCGGAAAGUCUUUUCAAAGAGAGCUAUUAUGGCCUAAUGAAAACAGCUUUAAGAGUAGGUGGAAUAGUGUGCUCGCAAGGUGGAAGCUUUUGGCUCGACCCAAGUCAUGUAAAAGAGGUUAUGACCGGUUGCCGAGUUCAUUUCCCUAAUGUAUCUUAUGCUGUUACAUCAAUUCCAUCCUACCCUUGUGGACAUAUUGGUUUUGUAGUUGGGUGCUUAGACCAAAAACUUAAUCUUAAUACUCCUAAACAAUUAUUUUCUUCUAAAGAAAUUGAUGAAAUGGAUUUGAAGUACUACUCAAGUUCCAUUCAUACGGCUUCUUUCAAUCUUCCUAGAUGGGUCCACAAAUACUUUUACGAAUCACAGUAGGCUCCCUGUUUACAUAAAACAAACAUACUUAUAACAACAUUUUAAACGAAAUUAAAUAAAAUAUUGAAUGACAA